AUGGGGAGAGGAUUAUUUAGAAGUAAUUCAGCUUCAUCUGAUGAUAGUAGUAGUAAUGAUAGUUCAUCUGAAAAUGGUAAUGACAAGGAUGAUUCAGAUUCUGGGGAAUCAACAUUGAAUCCUGAAUUUGUUGAACUCACAUCAAUGAUGAAAACUUCAUUGAAUCAAGAAAACAGAAUCAAUAACUUAAAUUGUACUAAGAUAAAAAUAAAUAACAAGUUGAAUGUUGCAGCAAAUCAUAAUUCAUGUCCUAUGUCAUUAGAACAAUUUUUGGGUGGUGGAGAAACCUUAGAUAAUUUUUAA